GGAGUAAGAGAACGUAACAUCAAAACAAAACUUAAGUUUUAAUAUUAUGUUAAGUAUCUAAUCUACAACAGAUAAACAGACUCAACAUAAAUAUAAAAUUAUAAAAAAUUAAAUAUUUAAAAUUCGUCGGAUAAUAAAAAUUUAACAAUAACAUUCACGCAAGAACUCAUAGAAAAUGAAAUGGAUCCAUUUCCUUUAUUUAUACCAACCAUUCUAUGCAUCCUUCUUUGUUUGGCGCACCUACAGCAACCAGUCAUGGCUGAGUUUUGCGUUUAUGUCCAAACUCUACGCAAACACUCAUUUCCCCGUCUUCUCCGCCUGCCUUUCAAUUUCAAGACUUCAUGUCCUGAAACCUGAGGGAUUAGAAAGAAAGUGGUGGUGGUUGAAGUGCUUCUUUGACAUCUAAUAACCACGAAAUGCAUAGGGAGAGAUUCUUCGUCUGUUGAAUCAGUAGCUUCUACAAAUCAUUACCAAAUGGAAGAAUCUUCAAAUGGAAGACUAAUGGAGAUCCUGAAAGUACAAGCACAUGAUGAAGAGAAGGAAGUUGUCUUGGAAAAUUCUACAGCAUCAAAACCAGACGUUGAAUUUGUCAGAGACAUUACUGCUAAUGGGAACUCAGUGUCCGUUAAUGAAACUCCUGAUGUAGAGGAUUCCAGUUCAAGCAGAAGCAGGUUCGACGAAGAGGCAGAAACUGUGAAAAGGAGUUCUCAGGUGGAGAAUUCAGAGAAUAUUGAAGAGGAGAAAGUAAUUUCUGAUUCAGUUGUUGAGGCAGUUGAACUUGAACCUGAGGUUUCGUUAACUGAAGAGUUAAGUCAAGAUAUCAAACCAUCAGUUAAGAAAUCAUCAGAUUCUGAUGUUGCUGAAAUAGAUGGCAAAGAAAAAGAAGAGAACAUUUCACCAUCUUUGGACGAGACUUUUGCGGAUUCUUCAAUAUUAACAGAUUUGUUAGUAAAUGGUUUGAAGGAAGAAACUGAGCAGCUGUUCUCUUCUGAGACCACUGGGGAUUCUGCAAUCUUAACAGAAGUGGAAUCAAAGCGACUUGAUGAGGAAACAACUCCGCCAGGUUUGGAUGAGACUAAUGGCUCCAUGGUUGCAGCAGAUGUCGUGUCCAGGGGAAUUGAAGAAACAACUAUUUCUUGUUUGGCUGAGAAUGGUGGAGUUCCUGAAGCUGCAGUAGCCCAAGGAAUCACGGAAACCAAAAUUGCAGCUUCAGACAAUAAUGCUGGGGUUUCAUCAAGUUUCCCUGAUUUUGCAUCUAAGAAAAAUGUUGAAGAUUCAUUGCAGGCAGCAAAUGUUCCUAUCGUUGAGACCAGAGAUACUGGUGAACUAGUAAACAAGCCUGAGAUCCGUGAAAGCACGGGAAAUGAGCCUAUCAUAUCCCUGAGUCAUCGUUCCCAGCAACCAACUUCUUGGAAGAGUUGCUGUGGACUUUUUGAAGUUCUGUGGCGCUCAGACAGAUAAAACUCAAGAGACAGUAUUACUGGAAAAAAGUUAUGCGGAAUUACAAGUUCUUGGUGGAGUUUAGAGGCUGUUAUGAUGUUUUUUCAGCAUUUUUCUGCAAAAUAAUCAUUAAGAAGAAAUGUCUAGGUCCCCAAGUGAAGCUUGUUGAGAAUGUAUUAGAACUUGGAUGUUGGAUCUGCCGUUUGUGGAGUGUUUCAUCAGUUGGCCUUAUAGUUACACUGUUUGUAUUGUCUACGAUACUUACAUACUAAUUUAUGUGAUGACAUGAUUUCAUUUCCUAUUGG